UACGGGACGGAAAAGCGAUCGUAAAAACUCUUAUUGGACCUGGCCGCUCUCAUUCUUCUUUCGUACCGAGUGCUUUUAAUGCAAUCGACCAAUCGCGGCAAUCGCGAUCCACAAGUGGAUCUCCACCUCUUCGCACCUGUAAGAUACUGUUGCUCACGUAAACUUGCGUUGUAAUUUUUCUGCGAUAUCUGAGAAACGGACUUUUCAUGUACUCAAGAAAAUCCUGUGACUCAGCUGUGUGUUUUGCGCAGUCACAUGUGGAAACGCGCGUGAACAAUCGGCAAACAUCGACGUGAAGAUACUUCGUAAACGUGUUCGUCGGUCACUAAUGCGCCCUAGUGUACGCGUGUAUAUAUACGUGUGCUAACAUGUGUGUUUACAGGUUACCACCACACGUCGUUUACAUCGUCAAAUUAAAUACGCGAGGUGGCGAGAGAGGAAGAUUGUAGGAAACUUCAGCAUUUAUUUUUCGAAAAGGGUUUUUUUUACUACGUGACUGACAAGCGAUUUUCCGAUUGAAAUCAUGGAGAAACAAGUGUCAUCGGACAUAGUUAUUAUCGCCGGCAACUCCCAUCCCGAGUUGGCUAAUCUGAUUGCAAAUCGAUUAGGUGUAAAACCAGGUGGCUGUGCUGUGUAUCAUAAAGCGAAUCGCGAGACGAUGGUGGAGAUAGGAGAUUCCGUGCGCGGCAAAGACUUGUUUCUAAUACAGACCGGCACGAAGGACGUCAACAACAACAUCAUGGAACUUCUCAUUAUGGCCUACGCAUGUAAAACAUCGUCCGCCAAAAACAUAGUCGGAGUGAUUCCUUAUUUGCCAUAUUCCAAGCAGUGCAAGAUGCGCAAACGCGGUUGCAUCGUAUCUAAGCUUCUUGCGAAGAUGUUGUGCACCAGCGGUCUAACUCACAUCAUCACUAUGGAUCUCCAUCAGAAAGAAAUCCAAGGUUUCUUUGAUGUUCCUGUGGAUAAUCUAAGAGCUAGUCCGUUUCUUCUGCAGUAUAUUCAAGAAUCCAUUCCCGACUAUCAUAAUUCUGUGAUAGUUGCAAGAAAUCCAGGUAGUGCAAAGAAAGCAACCAGUUACGCAGAGAGAUUGCGUUUAGGAAUCGCGGUGAUUCACGGAGAACAGAGAGAAGCUGAGUCGGACAUGAACGAUGGUCGUUAUUCGCCGCCAGCGUUGCCGCUCGCUGCUCGUACAAUGGAAGUUGGUGUCGGCGUGCCGUUGCAUCCGGCGAAGGAAAAACCGCCUAUAAGCGUCGUAGGAGACGUUGGAGGACGCAUCGCUAUUAUGGUCGACGACAUGAUAGACGAUGUACAGUCAUACGUAGCGGCCGCCGAAGUGCUCAAAGAGAGAGGAGCGAAUAAAAUAUAUGUCUUGGCCACGCACGGUUUGCUCAGCUCGGAUGCGCCAAGACUCAUCGAGGAGUCACCGAUUGACGAGGUGGUUGUAACCAACACAGUUCCUCACGAUGUGCAAAAAAUGCAAUGUCCAAAGAUCAAGACUGUCGAUAUCAGUAUUCUAUUGGCAGAGGCGAUACGACGCAUACAUCACAAAGAAUCGAUGUCCUAUUUGUUCAAAAACGUGACCUUGGAAGAUUAAGUAUUUAGGGCUGCGCCUUUUGACUGUACAGGAAGAGUUUUAUAAUUCCAUCGUGUGUGCGCGCGUGUUGAAAAUCAACACGAGAUUCGAGAACGCCGGGGGACCAUUGCCCAAAACAUAUCCGUCUUUUAAUUUUUUACACUAUUUUUAUAUUUCCCCAUUUUUGACAUUGCAGUUAAUACGAUAAAAAAAAAAAAAAAAAAGAAAAAAAGAAAAACUGACUAGUCUCUUUGUGUUUUUAUCAGUUAUUAAACUGAAACGUCUUAUUGAUUACAGGUUUGUUGCGAAAACCAAAUUUUUUUUUUUUAAAUAUGUAUAGUCUUGAUAAUCGUAGACAGAGAGAAGUAUCCCGCUGUCAGAGAUAGCUGGAUGUAAUAUAUAAUAGAUAUAUAUAAAUGUAACAGAGUAGAGUGUUGUAAAGCCUGUAGAAAUUCCAACGUUUUAUAGACGUGUAACCUGUGCUUACCAAAUGAUCUAGUGUUACUUUUACUGUAUUAUUGUGUAAUUACGCUCUGUAUUUUAGA